AAAUCAAACAUAACACCAUCCUCCACAUUUCUCCCACUUCUUUAUAAUUCAAUGCACUCUCACCAAUCAUCUCUCCCACAAGAACUAAAAACACCCAACUCCCAAACUUCAAUUUUCUAGAUAGAAAUAGAGAGAUCCAAAGAUCAUCAAACACCCAAAAAAAAUUAAAUAAUAAAAACCAAGUAAAUUAAUGGGGAAAGAUUACGAAGAUGAAGAUCAAAUAGCAUCAAUGAGAGAAGCAUUCUCUCUUUUCGACACCGACGGAGACGGUAAGAUCGCUCCAUCGGAUCUUGGUAUCGUAAUGCGGUCAUUGGGUUCAAACCCGACCCAGUCACAGCUCCGCCACAUCUUGGAAAGGGAAAACCUAAACUCACCCUUCGACUUCCACCGAUUCUUGGAACUGAUGGCUAAGUACAUGAAACCCGAUGACCCAUUUGAAUCAGAGCUCCGUGAUGCGUUUCGGGUACUUGAUAAGGAUUGUUCGGGUUUCGUGUCGGUUUCGGACCUUCGACAUAUAUUGACUAACAUUGGGGAGAAACUGGAUCCAGCUGAGUUCGAUGAGUGGAUUCAAGAAGUGGAUGUUGGAGAUGACGGAAGGUUUCAGUAUGAGGAUUUUAUUUCUCACCUUCUUGUCAAAUGAUCAUGCUGCUAUUUUUAAUUUUAUUUUGUUUUAAGCCUAGAUUAAUAGAUUGACUACAAGCUCAUAAAUCUUAAUUUAUGUAUUGCCUUUUCCACUCCUGCUUAACUACUAUUAUUAUUAGUAUGAUUUAGUUUCGGAUUCAAUGAUCUGAUUAGUAUAAAGUAAUAAAACUACACACGAAAUAUUACUCUUU